AACUCAGUAUACUACUCGAGGUCUAUGUGUUCGUGAUAAGGUGAACUAUCUGGAAAAAGAAUGGAUUAGCACCCCUCUCACCUCUAUGGAUCCAAGAUCGGCCAAUAGUAAUCCUCUUGGAUCACUCGAAGUCCCUCCAGAUUUCCUAACAUUACUAGAUAGAGAUAUCAUUAAUGGGUUAGCUUGUCUUGACUCGUGGAGCGAGGGUGCUGAUAUAUCCGAGGAAUCAGAGAUUUGA